AGAUAUCAUGGAUAGCAUCCGAAGACCAAAAAUAUCUGCCUGCACAUCACGCUUCCCAUAUUUCACCGGCGUGAUAUUCUUUUUCUGCAUAUAUGGUUCUAUGUAUUCUUGCAACAAAAUGGUUUUCAAUAUUUCAGAAUCUCUGUUCAUUUGGCGGUGCUGUUGCUUGCAUGUUCUAUUGUGUGACUGCGCUCAAAUGUCCACAUGCGCGGAGAUAUGGGCUAUUCACCCACGUUGGCCUUCGUUUCCUGUUCAACAAUGGUUUUCUCCCUUAAAAUUCUUGGUAUUUGUUUUUGCAGCCCCGUCUGACUCCUUCCUUCAACAAAAUCCGACCUCAGUGGCUUCGGAUCAAUGUCCGGACAUUGAUUUCUCCUUUCAGCUUGAGAUAUUGUUUUCUAGCUCUCAUUCAGAGCUUACCUGCUGCGAACGAGAUUCUUUCAGAGCCAGGUACUGGCAAUUUCUCACCGACUAGUAGGUAGUGGGCCCUCGCU